UCGUAGUCAUUGAUGUGCAUUUGACGUUAACUUGGUGUAAAACCAUUGUGUCACUAGUCAUCUCCUCAGACCCCUGGUGGGACGAAGGACAGGCAUCUCACCCCACAAAGCCCAACUGAAGCCUUUACAAACACUUUUGCGGCGAUCGUUGCUUCGUUGUAACUAUCCUGUCACUAGGAUGCUAAUGAAAUGAAGGUGUUCAAACCUUGUACAGAUAGAUAAGAUGGUGGGUGAAGAUGAUGAUGAUGAUGAUGAUGAUUCCUACUAGCAACAAGCCCAGGGGACCAGAUGGUAGAGUCAGUGUUGAGUUUAAAUGAUGCAGCCUCCUGUGUGCUGCCAGUCUGUCAGAGACUCAGAGACAGGCAGUCAGAGACAGAGAGUUGACUCAGAGGAGGAGACAUCUUCACAUCGUUCACUUGACUUCAGACACUUUCAUUUCACCACACAAUGGACUUAUUCAACUCAGCGCUCGGUAAAAACAUCACUUUUAUGCAUCCGGCCUAUUUCAUUAUAACUGGUUUGUCUGGCAUCCCCAAUAUAAGACACUACUAUGUCUUUCUCUUCUUUGUUUAUAUUGUGUCAGUGCUGGGAAACACACUUGUAAUGGCUUUGAUAUACUUAGAUCCUAAACUUCGGACCCCAAAAUAUGUUGCAGUGUUCAACCUUGCGUUUGUGGACCUGUUUGGGAACACUGCCUUGGUGCCUAAAGUUCUGGACAUUUUUUUGUUUAACCAUCCACAAAUCCCUUACAAUGACUGUCUGACUUUCCUUUUCUUCUGCUACACCUGUCUGUGCAUGCAGUCUUUCAAUCUGGUUGCCCUCUCCUAUGACAGACUGAUAGCUAUUACUUAUCCACUGCACUAUCAAGUGAAGGUAACCCAUAAAUUUAUGCUGUAUUUGAUUGCAUCUUUUUGGGUCUUUUCUAUCAUUGCUGUCCUCAUUGCUGUCGGCCUCAUCACCAGACUCUCCAUCUGUGAGUCUGUAUUUGUUAACAGCUAUUUCUGUGACCACGGUCAGAUUUACCGCCUGUCUUGCAACGACCACUAUCCCAAUUAUGUCCUCAGUUGGUUUUAUCCUGUUGCUUUUUCCUGGGUUCCACUUCUUUUCAUCUUAAUAACUUACAUAUGUAUCGUUUGUACUUUGGCUAAAAUGGCUACAGUUCAUGAAGGACUCAAAGCCUUCAGGACUUGCAUCGGUCAUCUGUCGCUGGUAGCGGUCUAUUACAUUCCAGUAUUGACCACAUUUACGAUGAUGGAUAAAAUCCAUCCUAAUGCCAGGAUCCUAAACCUGUCUCUCACCUCUGUGUUUCCUCCCAUGUUGAACCCUAUCGUUUACGUCCUGCAGACGCAAGAAAUCAAAGAAGGUAUUUCUCAUCGUUUCAGUGACCACAGGUCAUAUUAUUAUCUGCAAAUGAUUUUUGAAUGGUUUUUGUCCAACAAUUCUACAGUUUGUAUUAAAUCUGUACCUGGAUUCAUGUAA